AUGUCCAUUAAAGGCAUUUAAAAACUAUAAUCUCUAUUUCAAAUUAAUAACAGCGUAGUUUAAGAAUAUCUAGGAAUCAGAUCCCUAAAUUAGACUCUAAUUGAUUAAGUAUUGCCCAAAUGAUUACAUUUCUAGUUGGUGAAUUGCGAUAGUGCUAAUGAGGUUCAGAAAAUCAAGAAAAUUGAAGGCUGCAAAGAUUGGGACAAAUUAAAACUAAAACUAUUACCCUACUUUGUGGCAUCCCAAUUGACUUAUGCCAAACCUAUUCAUAAAUACAUCUAACAAGCAUAUGAGGACUUACUAAUCAAAUACCAUAUUUUCUACGAAGGUUUAAUCGAAUUUCAAACUUGUUCCAUGUUGAAUCAAUAUCUAAUACUCAAACACAAAUUGCUAAGAGACGAUUAGAAUCUCAAGAUUGAAUUUCGCAAAUUAAUCAACACCCUCAUUUGGAAGACCAACCAAUUGCAUUUUCUAAUUCGAAUUAUUAUCGGUUACAUAGCCUAUGCAAAAAUUAGUAAGCAAAUAGGUAAUGUGGAAAGAGUCUUCGAAUAAAUAGCUAAGUUAAUCGAGAAAUCGCUUAAGAGCGGAGCUAAUUACCACCAUUUAUUAUUUAAAAUGGAUGUUUAAUUGUUCUCCUCCUAUUGGAACAAAAUUAUCAAAGUCAGUAAGAAUGAUACCAAUGCUCUCAUCUUGGAGUAAUUGUUAUAAUAGGCUUAAUUCUAUUUCAAUGACUGCAAUUUUUAGAGUGAUAUCGUUAAAGAAUUAUAAAUGUUACAGAAAGUGAAAUUUUCCAUCACUUCAAUUUCCAGAGUAAAUGAAGACACAAGGCUCAAAAACAAGGGAAAAAAACCAAUCUUAUAAAUUAAUAAUUUGAUGCCUGAAGAAUUCCAAAAGGAAUCUUCCAAAACUACCAACAGAUAUUUGGAUUUAGGUAAGAUAGUUAAAACAGAACAAACUCAAACAUCGGCGACGAGUAAAAGAAUAAUUAAGACUUCCACCUCCAAACUUCUUAAUUCUCAAUAUAAACAUAUUGAAGAAGAUCCAAUCUUCUAAAUUCAAAUUGAAAAUUAUCACAUUAAUAAGAUUGUAAGAAAAGGGUGCUUUAAAAUUCAAAAACCUGUGACCUUGUCUACCUGCACUUGUAUACUUUUGUUAAUAUCAUAGAAAGAUACAAAACCUUGCCUACCGCUUAAGAAGAACUGCCUUUGCUUACUUUCUAAGACUUUGAGCAGGAUCAUCAAGACUCAAUACUAGAAUUGCCAUCCCCAGUCAAACCAGCCACUGAGUCAGACUAAAGGAUUUCAGGCAAAGAACAUAGCAUCACCCAUUCUUAAUCAUCUCAAGGAAAAAUUGAUAAACUGAAUAAUCUAAGCAACCCCUAUAAAUUAAAGAAUUUGAUUGGUUCUAGAUUUCAAUAGAUCCUGGACAUAGCCCAACUUAGUGCAUCUUCAACUCCCAGGAAUGCUGAUCUAGGUAAAUCUAUCAGAAGAUAAAAAACAAUUUCAAUAAAGAAAGAGCACAAGGAAUUUCAAAAAGAACCAUAGUAACAACUCUCAAUUCCUGAAAUUCAAUAAAUACAACCCUGUAAAGAGCAGGAUCCAUAAACUUCGGAAAGAAGAAGAAGUGGUAUGGUAGUUAGCUCACCUGAUGCAGCAUCACAAAUUAGUUAAGCCAUCUAAAAGUCUAGUCUUGUUGAGAGUGUUCCUGCCAAAUCAUAGAUAAUAAUUGCAAUACCAUAAUCAGUUUAAUAGCAGGCAUAACCAUCGCAAUAGCAAAAUCCAUCAAUCAAUGUCAAAAGGCCUUAGAGAAGGAAUCUAUUAACAUUAAGGACUGCGACUACUUUUUUCAUGGAGUAAUCCAACGCUUACAUUCCAAAAUUCCAAUUCUCAUUGUGCUAUCACAGUAGGACAAUUCUAUGGCAAUGUGGUUUGUAAGUAACAUCAUCUGAGAACAUUCUUAUUGGAUUCUAGGAUACAACAAAUAAUAAAAUUGUAUACAGGGCAAAGCUGUAAAACAUACAAAUUGGAAAUACUAAGAAUUGGGCUCAAAUCAUUGAAGCCUUUGUGAACGAAUAUCAAUUAUAAACAUCUCAGUGUCUACCUUAUUUAAGCUAUAACUCAAUAAUGAGUGAUAAGAAAAGCGAUAAUUAUAACUUUAUCAAGUUUCCAGACUACCAAUUUGAACUCGCUAAGAAUGAAAUAGAACAAAUGGGAAUUUUGAAAGAUUUAUUUAGAUGGAUGUAUACAACUUAUUUAUAUGAAUAAAUCAAUAUCACAGGGAUUAGGUUAAAAUUGUACACAGUAGAGAAGGACAAAACUCUGAAUGCGUAUAGAGAAUUGAUUAAUGUUUUAAAUCUUUACAGAAGAAUGAUAAUACAGUCAACUCUUUCUGACGAGAAGGAGAAUUUCCACUUACUAGUUUGUAGCUACGGAGGUAUUAUAUUAUUUUUGUAUAAUUCAUAGAGUGUAUAAAGAAUAAUAUUAUACUUCUGAAUAGGAUACUCAACUUUAAGAUCAACAAAUAAAAGGAAUAACAAUAUAUGAUACACAAGCAAUUGGUAAGUCUUAGAAAUUUGAGCAUAACUAAUGAUGAAGACAACAUAUUUUUCAUAAUUAAAGUCAGUAUUAUAUUUUAGAAAGAAAAGUAAUAGUAUAUUAUAAUGAAUUAGUAUCCUGUAUUAUAAGAAAAAUGAUUACCAUACAAAGUAUUAAGUGGAUGUACUAUUUGAGGCAAUCAAUAGUCCAUUAAAGAUCAAACCACUCAGAUUGUAAUUUGAUGCCAUUGAAAAGAUCUUAGAGAAGAGAUAUCACAAUAAUCUAAAAUAGAUCAUAAAUUAAAUAUUGUUCUCUUAAAGGAAAUGUCUGAAUAUGUUCUAUGAAUUUAUAGAUCAAAAAUUGAUGAUUAAUGAAUAAAAGUAGUUAUAGGUUAGAAUGAACAUCUUUUCCUUGCAUGAUGCAUAAAAAAUGGAGGCUUGUGGAAUGAAAUUAGGUUUCCUCAUUGAUUUGCAGACUAAGGUAAAACCAUUUGCCAUUACUGAAAUUGAACGAUACAUCUAUGAUGACACCUAAAAGAAAUUAGAUUAUCAAUCCAAAUCAUAGACUAUCCACAAUAGAGAACAUCUGUUCGAUAAGCAUUUUGCAUAAAUAUUUGGAGAGGAUAUUACGAAUAAUGAAUAACAACAUUUCCAUCAAACUACUCUAAUUGACUUGGUCAAACGAUACUAAUCAAAUAUUAACACUGAAGCAAAACAGGAAAUAGACACAAAGAAGGUUGGUCCCAUAGUAAUUUAUUAAGAAAAUCCAUUUACUGAUGUGCAUAUUGAUGAUUUGGAAAAGUUGGAAUCUCAAUUUUAUAGUAGGAAAAACUUAAAACUCAGCUAAAUUUAAAAGUAUAGAAUCAAAUUAAAACAUCUUGCCAUUCAAAUAUCCAUGGUUCACAAAUAAAUAAUAUUGAUUUACCAUUGCAAUUAACGAUUGUAAAGAUUACAAAUCACCCCUACUGAUGAUGAAGACAACAUUAUAUCUAACAUAGUGUAACUUAUACAAAAUGGCCCUACUUGUUGGAUACUUCAAAUGCUUUACAAGAAAGUAAGCCAAAGAGCCUUAAAGCAAUCUUUCAUUAGCUCAUAAUUAUCUGAUGGAUUUGAAUUAUUGAAAUAUAAAAAAUCAAAAAGCUAAUUAGCUGAGAUACCUUCAUAUAAUGUAUUGCAUUACUAUAUAUUAAACAACUAUAUUGUACUGCUAAAAUAUUUUACUCUUAAAUAAUUUGUUAUAGUUCAGAAGAUUAAAAAUUAUGGAAAAUAUUAGAUAACUAUUAAGGUGUUCUUUAGAUGUCAAAAACCAGACAUUUUGGCUGAGAAUGAUUACUUUUUAAUGAGAAUAGACUUCUAAAACAUCAUGUUAAAGACAGGAAUGAUGAAAAUGAUCUUUAAUAAAUACGACAUCACUGAGAUGUUGAAGAUAGAGAUACCAUAGAAUAUGACCGAUGCAAAUAUUGUUUAAACUGCCAUGAACAUAUUCCAGAAAUGUCACUUAGGAACAUUCACAUUAAGUUAGGUUCCAUUCUUUGCAGUUAAUCAGGAUGAUCAAAGAUAGAAUGAAAGUUAAAUAACACAUAAUUCAUAUGAGGAUCAUUCAACUAAAAUGACAGUUCAAUAAAUCAGAAGAAUCGGAAAUUUCCCUGAAAAUACAACUUUCAAGAAAUCUGAUCUCUGCAAAGGUUUCUUAGAACACUAUAUAAAAAACAGUAGAUUAAUUAUUACUCACAUCAAGAAGUCCUACUUGAUACAUUCAAUAUCAACUGGUUAAUUGAUUAAAAUAUCAAACAAUAAGGUUACUUAAUUGUUAAAUGAUCAAUAAUAGAUGACAGAUUAUGUUAUAAUCUAAAUUUUCAGACACUUAUUACUGGACAUUUGGAUUGUCAAGAUUUAUGUUCCCAAAACAACUAGAUAAAUGUUAGGUUUGUUGAGAUCAGAAGAUUUCAAAGAGAAUGAAGGCAAGGAUUUGAUGGAUAGUCUCAUCAUAUACAAGAAGCAAGCCAUCAUGAGUUUUAAAGAUCUAGAUUCUUUUUCAGAUUUCACACCCAGACAAAGUGUUAAACUGUAAAAGCAAAACCAUCGAUGGAGCUAAUACAAAAUAUCAUAGUCUCAUUCUCCAGCUGUCUCAAGUAUCUAGUUAUAAAAUCAGAUUGGGCAAUCUCCAACCACAUCUUGCUAUCUCAAUGAGUUCCUCUGUCUUACUAAAUUAGUUACUGAUUUUACAGAAUAUCAUUUAGAUAAUGGAAACAAGGAAUAGUACAUUGUUAAGGAAAAAUUAAUUUGGGUCAAUAUUAUCAACAACAAUUUUUCAUUAGAAUAGCAUCCCAAGUAAUAAAAUUGCUUCUUGUCCCUCUUAUUUGAUCAGAAGGAGAUCAAUCUCUAGGAACUACUGUUUUAACGUUACAUUAGAAUUGAAAGAGUUGGUGAAUCUCACAUUGAAUUUUACAUGAAGUAUUCAUAAAAAGCUGAUCAACUCAAGGGCAUUGCACUUCUUAAAGGGAAAAUUAAUCAAUUAAACUUACAUAAUAACAAAUUCCCUGGUAUUAUAAGCGAAGCGAAAUUGAAUGAAGAAUAGAUUAAAUUCUUAAAACGUACAUGUAUAUUCUUCCCUUUUGAUGCCAUCAGCUAUGCUAAUACAUCCAAUUUCAAUAUUGAAUUGAAGUAUUUCUCAUAUAAUAAAUUUACAGAAGUCAAAGAGCAAAUCAAUUUAAGGGAAUUACUCAAUUUGUAUAUAGCAGAUGGCUUUUAUAAAUAUCAAACUAACUAUAUGAAUUCUAAACUCAAUCAUUCAGAUAUUAUCAGUAUAUGCUAUUAUAUGAUACAUAAAAUUAAAACGCAAAACUUUUUAAAUUUAAGUCAAUAUCAUACAAUUCCAAAUUUAAACUAAUUAAAAACUCUGAAAUAAUCUAAUAAAAUAUAAAAACCAAUCAGAUUAUAAAUCAAGACCUUCAAAAAACCAUACAUUUUUAUAAUCUCAUUACUAUACAAUGAAGUUUAAGUUACUUGUAUAAAUUGGAAAACUUGCCAUCAAAUAAAUGAUGUAUUUUAGUUUAGUUACCUUAAUGAGCAUAUAAUGCAUUUCGAGCUUUUACUCGAAAACUAACCUAAAAUAGCAUUACAAAAGGUAGAAAAAAUAAUUGAUAAAAUAAUGAAUAUUAUAUUAAUAAAAUGA